AUGUGGGCGGAUUCGAGCGUCGCUGCCGCACGACUACUUCUGGUGGCGACACUGCUGCUGCUGGCAGCAGACGCGACGUCGGCUUUUGCGCCGGCGGCGGGAGCGGCUCCCGCUCCGUCGCUUCGUAGGGCCGCUUCCGGGAGAAGCAGCAGAACGAACAGCAGCAUGAGCAGCAGCGGUGGUGUCGGGGGCGGUGCCUCCAACGACGAGCAGGGCAUGAUGGAUCGCAUACGGCGUGGUCUCGGCCCAUCCAGGCAACACCAAAGCAGGCAACCACUACGCGGAUCCCACCGCCGUGGACCCUUCUCGUCGGCAGGCGAGAGAGCCGGUGCUGCUCCUACCAGGGCUAUCGCCAGACUGCGGCAGAAGGGUCGCGGCUACGGGUGGAUUUGGUGCGCGCACAAUCCGUGUCGAUUAUGUCGAUCCUCCCACAACCGGCUCGUCGGCUGA